AAGUCCAGCCGCCAUAAAACUAAAGUGAAUGACUCGCAGCUGAAACAAAUCAGCGAAGGUGGAGUACGACCCGAGGUAGUGGUAACGCCUGCAAACGAAGAGAGAUGUUUGGAAUCGUUAGCAAUUGCGCAAAGGAGCGUCUCUUUUCCAUCAGAUUUCAGCUCUUUUACUCCACAGCUGCAGCAACUUUCCAUGCUAAUACAUUGGUGGAAUUUCUGGUGAACUCACUUGGCUUCUCCAACAAAGAAGCCAUUUCUACAAGCUCCAAGGUAACUCGUUCGACACUCCGAAAUUAUGAGCCACAUUUGUUGCUUGAUCUCUUUGACAAAAUGGGUAUGAACAAAGCCCAGAUCAAAACCCUUGUCUCUUCUUCCCCUGAAUUGUUGUUUAGUCAUAUUGAUAAAAACCUUAAACCCAAAAUUAAGGUUUUACAAGAACUUGGCUUAUCUGGGUCUGACCUUGUUACAUUUAUCAAUAAAAGCGAUUUCUUGACAAGAGGUUUACAUACUACGAUUAAACCCAAUCUUGAUUAUCUUCGGGAGUAUUUGGGCAGUUAUGAUGCAGUAGCUAGGGUUGUUAAGAAAGAGCCUAGGCUGCUUUCCAAUAAUCUCCCUAAAGUAAUACCACCCAAUAUAUUAUUGUUGCAAAAUCUUGGGUUUUCACAGAUGGAUAUUGAGACGGUUUUUUAUCGGCGUCCUAGGUAUCUGCUUAAUAACCCUGAGUGGCUUGAGAGGGUAGUAAAUCGAGCAGAAAAGAAUUUUCGCAUACCUCGGGAGUCACGGAUGUUUCUUCAUGCCAUUGAAGCACUCGUGUCACUUGAUGAAUCGAAAUUAGAAAGGAAAUUAGAUAUUUUCCGGAGUUUUGGAUGGUCUGAUUCUGAUAUAUGCGCAAUGGUACGAAAGCUUCCUUACUGUUUGACUUCAUCAGAGGCUAAGAUAAGAAGUACAUUAAAGUUUUUCAUGAACGAACUCGGGUAUGAACCUAGUUAUCUGGCUUUUCGUCCGACACUCUUAAAGUUGAGCUUGGAGAAGAGGGUAAUGCCACGGAAUGAAAUCUUGAAAUUUCUCAAAGAAAACCAGCUGGUAAAAGGGAAGCUAAAUCUUUACACUGUUGUCAUGUGUCCUGAAUCCAAGUUUCUGGAGAAAUAUGUGCUGCCUUUCAGGGAGAAGAUGCCCGAGGUGUAUGAUUUAUACAUGAAAACUAGAAGCUAAAGAGAAGUCUUUGCAUCAGAGACUGUUGCUGCUGAUAGUCGGUUAUCUCUUAGGUUUAUUCAGUUCUCUGAUAAAAUUGUACUUUCUCUUUAAUGUUCUUGUCAAGCAUAGUACUCCUUGUUUACUUUUCAUCGCUGAUGAUACAUAAUUGAACAAUUUCUUUUCAAAAAAUUAUGGAACGAUGGGAACUAAAAAUUGGGAGCAGUUUCAUUUUCGAUUCAACUGAUGCUUCUUGUUCGAUGAAAAAGGAAAGCAGUGUAGAAAUCAGACUUGAUGUCUAUGGCAUUGAUAUUUGAAUGCUUAUCUCAAUCAGGACGGUAUUUGUUCUCGUUGCAAGUAGUUCUAUUAUCUUCAGUAUAUGAUUGGAAAAGCACCUUCUUUCAAGCUUGGUCAUAUGUGGGCAUGAUGCUCUACAUGCAGCAUGUACUUAUUGUUGACAAUUCCGACAGGAGUUAUAGGCCAUUGUGUGUUGACAAGAAAAAACGGUGUUAUCUAAGAUAUCUCAUACAAGCAAAUUUAGGAUGACUUCUGUGAAAGUUGCUUCAGAAAACUAAUUUUACUUUUGCUGUGAGCUUUAUUUCGUUUCUUUUGCUGUAGUCAUGUAUAUGGAAUUCGGCAUUGGUUGACUCUUUACUUGUCCUGGAAGGAUGGAGUGGUUCAUGGGUGUAUAAGAUAAAGUGAACCUAAGGUUUCCUCAGAUAAUGUGGCAGGUUUGGUGAUCUUGGGAGAUAGAACACUGCAAAUUCAGAGCCAGAGAGCAACUUGAGUCAACUUUUGCAAACGCUUUGGCAUCGGAUGAUUGUUUUGAUGGGUAAUCUUGACAAGAAUGUUGACAAGAAUAUAUCUGAUGGUAGAGCUGUUAUGAACUUAUAUCACUCAUUCUUUAAUUUAACAUAACAACUCUAGAGUUUCUUCAGAUUGAGCUUUCCCUUGUAAGAUAUGUGUAGAUGGGAAACUACCAAGCUACAUUGGCUUUGGUAGAAGUCUUUAUUUAUGAUUCUUGAGUAGGACUUAGUUUUUGUAAACAAUAUUAUUGGAAUAACCAGCUGAAUUCUUAAAUUUGCAUGAAAAUAGGCCGGCUUUUAUA